CGUGUAUGUGUGUGUCAGUGAAGAAUUUUUUCUGCAUCUCUCCGCUGGUACUUAGUGACUGUGCUGAUCCGUUGCCUUGGCAAUGGGCUGUCGGCUGUCAGGGCCGUGGAUGAGCGACGGAACAAUGGGGGUGAGUGCACAGGAUCUGAGGUACAUACGGAACCAUGAGGCUUUACGAAUCCUGACCAGUUACGAGCAGCCAAUCACAGUGCAAAUAGAAGGGCGACGGGGGCGGAGCUUACAGUAUCAUAGAUCAUCAGACAGCAGCACACACACAGAGCGACCGUGGGACAGCGCCACCUCAGACAGGCCUUGCUACAGUCAUGUGAGCCUGCCUGGUAACCAUGGAGACGGAGGCAGAUACGAGUAUCUCCCCAACGCUCCGCGGGACCUCGAGGACAAGCGAACAGCUCCACGCCAUGAUCCUGAGUUCUCUCCUAAAGCUGUUCAGAAACACAACUGUCUCCUGUCCUGCUGCAACUCCAACAUGGAGGAACCCAGCAGCUUUCAGAGCCAGACAGAGGACGAGGACUAUGUUCUGGAGAAGACAGUAGGAUAUCUCCCCCUCCAUCACGAGCUGGACAGUGGCCUAGGCUGGACAGACGGCAGCUUCCACCAGGGGGAGCUCUCAGGGGUGGAGACGGAGGAAGGGUUAGAUGAGUGCCACGCCCACCAGGGAGGUCGAGGGACACGAGUUCGAGGAGGAUCACCUUCGUCCGAGUCAUUUAUUUCAUCAGAGCUUAGUGACUCGGGCUUCUACAGCGUGAGCACGGCCGAGUUCCUGCGCUUUCAACGCCUGCUGGAGAAACGCAUGCGGGUGUAUAACUCACGGCUCCACCACCAGGGGGAGCUGCAGAACCUGUGCAUGGACGCACAGAAAGCCCAUCGUGAGCUAGAAGCCAUCCCCGAGGCACUCGCGACACAGCCCGAUGGCGAGUGCGUGGACACGGAUACUAACCCGCGGCAGAUGGUCAGGGUCGCAUCUGCGCAGCUGCACAAUGGCGAGCGUCCGUGUCCGAACCACCACAGCUUGAGCAGCGCCGCCAUUUUCUCUACCUGCAGUUCUCCCAGCGGCCAGCAGAGGGUGAUGACACAACAUGGGUCAUCAGGGAUGCUGAGGAGAAGCAGGACGCUACACCACCGCCCUGUGCAUGUAGAGCAGCGCAGGAGGGCGAGUCACCCCACGUCACCUAAUUACUGCAGCGUGACACUAAACCGCUACAGCCAUGCACUGCAGCAACAGUUAACUGAGGAAACUGAAACAGAUGUGCUGUGCAAUGCUAGCUAUCACACACACCAUGCUAAUCAUCUUACACAUCAUUCUAAUCACCCUAUAAGCCAUGCUAAUCAUCUUACACCUCAUGCUAACCAUCCUAGGAACCAUGCUAAUCACAUUCCACAUCCUGCUAAUCACCCUACACACCAUGCUAACUACCCUGCACACCAAGCUAUUCACCAUACACACCAUUCACAUCCGGCUAACUACACCACACUGCAUGCUAAUCAUCCUGCACCCUCUAUGCACCAUGCAAGUCAUCCUACACACAGUGCUAAUCAAGCUGCACAUCAUGGUAACAAUGUCCCACAUCCUACCCAACACCCUAAUCUCCCUGCACACUCGUAUCAUGCAACACUUCCCACCCAACACACACGCCACACCCACAGUACCCCAACAUCACACACACCACAGCACGACCACACCCGAACUAUGCUCCCCACACAACACACACACCUGACCACUGAAACACAUGCUUCACAUGGUGCACACCAUGGCCACACCCAUGCUGUGCUCCCCACCCAUAAAAACUGUACAUCUGAAUCGCGUGGGGCACAUGGCCACACCCACAUAACACUCCCUGCCCAAAAUACACACCACACCCACAAUACACUUACAUCACACAGCACACACCAUGGCCACGCCCACCCUACCCUUCCUGCCAAACAGACACACCACACCCAUGAUAUCCUUUCCUCACAUACAUCACCCCACACCCGUGCCUCACCUCACACCCAAGCUACACUUCCCACCCAACUCACACACCACGCCCAUGAUUCACGCCCUUCACAUGCUUUGCCCCAAAGCCACCCUAUUCCUUCUGCCCAAAACACGCACCAUGCCCGUGACGCACUCCAAUCACAUGGCCCACCCCACACCCACGCAACGCUCCCUGCCCAACACGCACAUCACAUGUCACGGACACGCCCCAAACACGCUAUAAGCCAGCCUAGUCUCUCCAGCUCCACUGACGACCACCACUUUGCCCUGCCCCCACAGUCCUAUUGCCAUGACAGCAGGGGGAGAAGUUUUACUGAGCCACCAACAGGUAUAAAAGAGGAAUGUGAGAAAGAGCCACCAGGAGCACGAGAAAGAGGACGGUUCCAUACGCUCAGUCACACGCCGUCUCAGGAAGGAAACGACACUUGGCCUAAGAGCACCAAUCGGCAUGGUCCGUACAGCACACUUGAGGGUCACAUGACUACCACAACUACAUCAUUAGCACACAAACCUCCGUCGGGGCCGCUGAACCCUCGAGCGAUGCGUAACCAGCUGUUGCGUGAGCGGGCGCUUCGGCUAGCAGACGAGCGUGGCGGUGGCAUUAGCACAGACGAUGAGACAAACGUGGAAAUACGAAGGGUGGGGCGCUACUGGAGCCGCUCGGAACGCCGCGAACAGGUGCUGCAGAAGCAGCGGCAGAAGCGCGAGGCUCUCCGAGGGGGCGGGCCUAACAAUAACAGCAGCGUGGGCGGAGACAGCAGCGGACAUAACGUGCUAAUGGAGCUGAGUCAGAGGAAGCUGAGUCGCCUCAGGAACAGGAAGCUGCUGGACGACUGGACGACGGUGGAGGAGCUGCUGACUCACGGGACACGACUUGGGACGCACGAUGAGAAUGUGCAGAUCCCAAACUCCCUCCUCACCGUCACCACUGUAUAACCACACACACACAGAGUGUGGCAUUAUGGGAGAUUUACACAGUUACAUGUCCUCCUUUCAGGGCACGAAGCAUUCUGAUUGGUCACGUGUCGUAGCCAAUCAGAGCUGAGAGAAAGUUAUAGUUCCUAUAAAAAUUCUUUUUGUUUUUUAUAUUUUCUUAUUGUCACUAAACAACUUCAGUCUAAACACAACAUUAGUUUCGUUGUAAUAUCCAUGAAGCAGUGUGUGUGUGUGUGUAUGUGAAAUUUCAUUUAAGCUUUAAACCUCUACCUCUCACUUUUCUCUACCUGCACCAGAGCUAACUAACUAAAUGAACUUCAGCAUCAGUUCCCACAGCAUACAAGAAACUCGAAACCACCAGUGAACGUCUUUUGCCUGAGGUGGCUAUAACUAUUUAACUAACUCUUCCAGAAAUCCUAAAAAGAAAUUAGAAAUAGUGAUUAAAAGAAGCUGACGGCUGGGGCCUCCGAGUGGUAAAGUUCUCGCCCUGUCACCCGGAGAUCGCUGGUUCGGUUCCCGGGUGAUGCUGUAACCUCUCGCAGCCGGAGGUCUAGAGAGAGCUGAUUGGCCGAGCUCUCUCAGAGGGGAGGGAUGAGAGGUACUUAGUGCUCCCACAUUAAUCACCGCUCUACAGUCAAUUAGGGGCAUCUGUGAGGAGAGGGUAGCGCUGUCCUCCGAGUGUUUGACUCCGCCCCCAACUGUGCGUGAGCGAGCAGUUCGAAAAGAUGCGGUCAGUUGGUGUCACGGGGUUCGGAGGAAACGUGUGAUGGUCUUCGGCCCUCCCGACUGAGUGGUAGUAGUAGCCUCAAUGUGGGAGACCCCUAGUGACGGAGAGGAAUUGAACACGACUAAAUUAGGGAGAAAAUCCAAAAAAAAAAAAAAAGAAGAUGAGGGCUAAAUAAUGAGGUCAAACUAUUUUAGACAACUAGCAUAAGCUUAGCUUACAGCUAGCAAACAUCCUGCAGCAGGUGUUUAUUAAAGUGCUAAUGGGUGCAGUGACAAUUAACAGAAUUAAGUAAGAAUUAACAAAUCUGUGCAAGCUAACUCACCCUCAGAGGGUCUACUCAUGCUCGUGUUCUCUCCUUCAUAUCUGCAAAUAUGAUGAUGAUAACCCUAACCCUAACCCUGGAUUUUAGCUUUCACACACACACACACACACAC